AUGAGUAGUAAUUCAAAUUCUUCCACUUCUAGUGAUGAAAUCUAUAACUACAUGUUGCUUGAUUUUAUUGAGGAAAAUCGGCAACAACAAAUCAUAGAAGAUGCAUUGAGAUAUGUGGUUAACACCACCAUGCAACAACAAGAAGAAGAUGUUCCACGUCAAAGAAAACGAAGGGAAGUUAUACCACGUAAUCGUGAAGCAGCACAUGAUCAGUUGAUUGCUGACUAUUUCAGCGAACAACCAUUGUAUGGUGAUGAUAAGAUUCGACGUAGGUUUCGCAUGCGGAAACCUCUAUUUACGAAGAUAGUGAACCAACUGAGUGAAACUGAUCGAUUCUUCCAACAACAUCCAGAUGCCAGUAUGCGUUUGGGCGCUUCUCCAAUACAGAAGUGCACAACGACUAUAAGGAUGUUAGCACAUGGCUGUGCAGCUGAUCAAGUUGACGAGUACCUCAAGCUUGGGGCAACUACGGCUAGACAUUGUAUCACGCACUUCGUUGACGGAGUGAUUCGUGAAUUCUCAGCAGAGUACUUAAGGAAACCAACCCCUGAAGAUAUGAAUCGCCUUCUAAGAGAAGGAGAGGAAAGAGGUUUUCCUAGUAUGUUGGGAAGUAUCGAUUGCAUGCAUUGGGAGUGGAAAAAUUGUCUAGCGGGGUGGAAAGGGAUGUAUCAAGGGCGAUCAAAAACGGCGACGGUUAUCUUAGAAGCUGUUGCAUCUUGUGAUUUGUGGAUAUGGCAUGCCUUUUUUGGUACACCUGGAUCCUGCAACGAUAUAAAUGCCCUUCAACGUUCACCCGUCUUCGACGACAUUUUAAAUGGUCAUGCUCCACAAAUUCAGUUUACCGUGAAUGGAAAUACUUACAAUCAGGGGUAUUAUCUCACAGAUGGGAUCUACCCAAAAUGGGCAACAUUUAUAGAUGCAAUAACUGCACCGCAAACCCCUAAACAACGAUUGUUUACUACCAAACAAGAGAGUAUUAGAAAAGAUGUAGAGCGUGCAUUUGGAGUGUUGCAAGCUCGAUUUGCCAUUAUAAGACGUCCUGCUUUGGCAUGGAGUGUCGAAAUGUUGUGGAAAAUUGUUAUGGCGUGUAUUAUCAUGCACAAUAUGAUCGUGGAAGAUGAGCGCGAAAGUUAUCUUAAUUAUUGGGAUCCUAAUGAGUUUGCUGCUGAACAACUCGAGUAUUUAGCAGGAACUUCAAACCGAAGAGGAACGACUUUCACCGUAACCCCGCGCUACCAAAAUCCUAAUCUAACCACAUUAAUGGCUACACCAGAAAAUCUCCACGAUAAACAAACUCAUAUGUCACUUAAACAAGAUUUGGUAGAACAUUUGUGGGCAAGAUUUGGGCAUACUAGUAAUCGGUAA